UUUUAAUGAAGGUUUUCUGACUUUUGUUCUUUCUUUGGAACCAGACACAGUGCAUCGUCUGUUGGUUAUAAUGGCGCUUCGCAGUAGGACCCUUGUGUUCCUAGCAGCAUCGGCUAUCACCCUCCUUGCCUGUCCCACCGGGGCGCUGGCCGGAUGCUGUUGCCCUACAUUUUGGACUGCCUUCGAUCAUCAUUGUUACAGGUUGUUUAGCCAGAAUUUGACUUGGAACCGAGCUGAGCGGUUUUGCCAGUCUUACACCGUACCUUCUCUCAGUGGCGAGGCAACAAGUCCGGACACAAUGGCUCACUUAGUGUCGAUACAUUCACAGGCAGAACAAAACUUCGUCAAUAUUCUCUACGAAUCCUCGCGACGGAAAUCGAGUGACACUAUUGAUAUACGAGGUGGACUUUGGUUUGGACUGCACGAUCAGUUCAUGGAAGGUGAUUUUAAGUGGUCAGAUGGAUCGCCUUUCGAUUACAAUGCCUGGGCACCAGGACAACCCGACUUCCACACAAGGGAUGAAAACUGCGGUGUCAUCCGAUCUGACUUCAACUCCGGGCUAUGGCGAGAUGGGCCGUGUGUCCAGCCACCGUCGAUGACGAUUAAUUACUUCAUAUGUAAACUACCGAUGUGGUAGAAUAAUGAGGAUGAUAAUGAUAAUAACAAUAAUGAUAAUAAUAAUACUAAUGAUGCUUAUUAUAAUAAUAAUGAUAAUAAUGAUAAUAAUAUAAAAAGUUCUUGUAAAGUGUAUCACAUAAUGAUUAUAACGUCUGUGUUUCCAAAGGACUUGGAUAUCAUUGCCCCAGUUUUAGCUUAGCAGCCGUAAUAACUGACAGCGCACAAGCAUUUUCCCAUUUACCUCACCUGGGUCGAGUACAGCACAAUGUUGAUAAAUUACUUGCUGAAGGAAGCUACGCCAUGUCUAAGAUUUGAACCCACGACCCUCUGUUUCAAAGUCCGGAUACUAAUCCACUGGGCCACAACGCUCCUCACAAGAAAAAAAAUCACCAGAAAUGAGACUAAAACUCGUAAUCACUUUCUAGUUAAAACAAUUACAAGGCCGUUUUAAUGGUAGACAUAUUGUUUUCUGAAUAGUCAAUUCUUAUGGUUGUGGCGUGGCAGUGUUUUUUUUUUUACCAUUUUGACAGCUCAAUCAAAUUUACCCGCAUUGAAUUUGAGAUUUCACGGUUUUAUGUCUAUGCAGCUUUUAUCACAGUUAAAAAAUUAUCCUAAAAAGACACAGAAAACUUCCUGCAGAAGAAUCUCGGGCAUACCUCUAUAUAAAGAUAUA